AUGACCUCUUUAAUAUUCGGUGCGGUCUAUCUCACCCACCAAGCAGUAGUGGGACACCGCCAUGAAAAGAAACGAGUGAAAAACUAUGAGCGCUGGGAGGGUCUACGAGAUGAGUACGAUGAACAGAGAAAGACUCAGCGUCAGACAAGAUCAUUGGAUCUCAGUCGAGAAGACAAUAACGGCAUUCUUACGCUCCGUGAUCAGCAGGAGGCCAACGAUGCGCGAACGAGCUGGCGCCCACAGGAAGCGUGGAAUGAUGCUCCUGUUUCUCAGCAGCCAACGCGGCAAAGCAUGGACACUGUCCGCAACUACAAUUACGGCCUGACGGGACAGCCUCACCCCCGACCCCAGGAGCACAGGUCGAUCUCUCUCGCCAAUGGCUAUAGUGCGAGCGCCAACAAUUCUCCCCCACCACAGGCCCUUGCCCCGCAGCAAACAGGAUUCCACGGCGUCGGUCCAAUGCGUGCUACCCCCACUGGUGCAGCCUGGGAUGACGGGCUUCCCCCACCCCUCGCAGUGCCGAAACGAAACGAGCAGCCAGCACCAACGGGCAGUCGAGGUGUCAGCCGCAGCACAAGUCUACGGCAGGUGAGCUCCGCCGCGAGCAGCCAGCACCAUCUACCGGGCUCUAGCGACCGGACUCCGCCCCAAAUGAGUGCGAGCAUGAGCGAGAGCCAACCAGCAGAAGACAAAACAGCUAACAUCAACAAUCCGUUUGCGGCUGGCAACAGGUUCGACACGCAGAGACCGAUUCAGACGAAUUCGACACAGCAGCUGCCCCGCGAGCCAGAGGCGUUCGGGACUAAUAAUCCGUUCGAGCAGCAGCAGCCAUCCUUCAAUGCAGCUGCGUUUCCCAGCAGCAGUGCCGCGGUACCGCCAAGUAACAAUCCAUUUGAAGCCCAUAACAGAUUCGACCAGCCACGACGGUCCGCGAGUUUGGAUAUGCCGAGGCCGACAGCAGGGACGACAAGCAAUAAUCCAUUUGAGGGCUUCGCAAACCACGGGGCACCAAUGGCACCAAUUAAGGAGAUGAAAACGCCGGCGGGCGAGAGGGACAUGAUGGAGUGGUGGAAGUGA